AUGGAAGGAAUUUUAAGCAGUUUCCAGAUCGAUUAUAAAAAAGUCGAACAUAAACAACAUGACCUCGUUCCAAAAGCUGUGGAGAAAAUUGACAUGCUGACUCAGACUUUGUACGAGACCUUGCGUCAACUAAGAUUAGAUCCUGAUAGCGCAAACGAGAAUUUGCAGAAUCUUUCCCGAUCCCUCGAAUUUUUUGCGUCACAAACUUCGGAAGAACACAAGGAGUUCCAAAAAGUAGUAUCAAAAUAUGAAAAAAUAGUGGAUCGGAAAUGGAAGCAAGAUAUAACUAUUGCCAGUAAUCCAGAGGCAUUUGUCAAUAAGGAAGUCGUCCUCCAAAGGACGGUCGCUUUACACUUUAUACGUCAUGGAAAGUUCAACCUGGGAAAAACCUUUAUAAAAGAGACUGGAUUAGAUCUUCCUGAUUCUCUGCAGAUGCAGUUUGUUCAAAUGUAUCAAAUAUUAGACGCUAUAAAUGACCAAAAUUUGGAGCCAGCUCUAUUAUGGGCGAGGUCACAGCGUGAUGCGUUGGAACGUCGAGGAAGCUCUCUAGAAUUUCAACUACAUCGCCUUCAUUAUGUCAAGUACCUUGUGGAGAAACGCCGUUACGAAGCAUUGCAAUACGCUAGAUCGAACUUUAGCUAUUUCAGAGAAAGACACUCGAAUGAAAUAAAUCGCCUGAUGGGAGCUCUCCUCUAUAUUCGUGAUUUGUCAAAGUCACCCUAUGUCGAUCUUUUGUCUGAACAUUUGUGGACCGAUAUAAAUGUGACUGUUGGGGCCACCGCUCUGCCUACGAUCAUAAAGAUGGCGACGAUCAUGAAGGAAAAAAAGAAUGAGUGGAGUCAACAGGGAGAAUUACCGGUGGAAAUUCCUCUCUCUGACGAGAUGCGUUAUCACUCUAUUUUCGCGUGUCCUGUUUCGAAAGAACAGUCAACAGAAGAAAAUCCACCAAUGAUGAUGCCUUGUGGUCAUGUGAUAUGCAAAGAGAGUCUAAACAAACUGAGUAGUAAGGGAAAUGGGUGA